GAUCCGUGCAUUCCCGUACACCGUGAAAACAACGGGCUCUGAAUUUUUGACGUGGAAUAUUGCGCCUGCGCCACUUCGCCUCAAUAACUCCUCGGAAAGCGAUCGCUGUCGGAGUUGGUUCGCUGUAGCUGUGUUGCCGUGUGGAGAGGGGAAACUGGAGCGGAGCUGCAUCGCUUCGGAAACGUCAGUGAUUCUUAUUAUAAAACAUAACAGCUACACAGGCGUCCCCAUCAUUGCUAUCAAUUAUACAGACAUUAUUUAUUGACCCUUUAUCACAAGUGACCCACUGUUUAGCUAAACUCGAGCUCAGCUAUGUCGAACAAAGAGGAAAAACCCGAAGAACCAAACCAGUCCAGUUGGAAAGAAUUUUUCUACAAUCCAAGGACUGGAGAGUUCAUUGGUCGCACCGCCAGCAGUUGGGCCCUCAUCUUCCUCUUCUAUCUGGUGUUCUAUGGCUUCCUGGCGGGAAUGUUCUCGCUCACGAUGUGGGUCAUGCUGCAAACCCUGGACGACUACACUCCAAAGUACCGGGACAGAGUCCCCAACCCAGGCCUGAUGAUCAGGCCGAAGUCCAUGGAUAUCGUCUUCAACCGGACGGACGAGUCAAAGUAUCUGCCAUACGUUAAGCAGCUGAACUCCUUCCUGCAGCGGUACAAUGAGACAGAGCAGGAGGGGAAUGAGCUGUGUGUGGCGGGGCAGUACUUUGAGCAGGACGCCGAGCCGGUGAAGAAGGCCUGCCAGUUCAAGCGUGACGUCCUCAGACAGUGCUCCGGCAUCUCAGACGCCGACUACGGCUACAGCGAGGGCCAGCCCUGCAUCCUGGUCAAGAUGAACAGAAUUAUUGGGUUGAGGCCAAAAGGUGAACCGUAUAUUAGCUGCAGUCCUAAGGAAGGCACAUUGUCCAUUCUUUAUUUCCCCAGUGAGGGGAAGUUUGAUAGGAUGUACUUUCCUUAUUAUGGGAAAAAGGGCCACCCAGGUUAUGUUCAGCCUCUGGUCGCAGUCAAGCUGCUGCUGACGAAGGAGAACUACGACACGGAAAUCGCUAUCGAGUGCAAGGUGGAGGGCACCGACCUGAAGAACAACGACGAGCGAGACAAGUACCUGGGGCGCGUGGUGUUCAGAGUGAAGGUGACAAAGUAGAGCGGCACAAUGCCCGACGUUGUGUGUAUCCGCAACACCUCCACCUCCACCUCCUCCGCCACCACCCCCACCUCCCCGUCCCCUCUGCCCCCCGACCCCUCCCUUUAAGCCUGGGACUGGCACUGCUCCUCACCGAAGGGCCGGGCUGUCUGGAGCGGCCGCCGUCGGUAGCACAGCGGUGUGCUUCUGGAUCCUCCAUUUUAAAAGCCCUUGUGUGUCGCUACCUUGAUUGCCCUGCCUGCGACCCCCUCUCCCCCCCCACCCCAGUGGAAAAGAAUGGGCACCUUGGCCCUCAAGCCCAGCAGCCCGAACAAGCCCCGGAGCAUGGACCACCGUGGUGCCACACCCAGGACCUGUACAUAGCUGUAUUUGAAGCCUGGAGUCGCUGUGUUUCCUCUUGUGCGGUGUAUUAUGCGGAAUGUGCUGUGAAGUUUGUGUGUACAUAUUUAAUGGUUCCCAGAAAACACUGUUUCUCUUGUCAUAGCUCACAAUGUCUGACCACUGUAUGAAAUCAGAAGAAAUAUAUUUAAAAAAAUAAAAAAAGGAAAUAGUUUUAAAUAUUGAAAAUAAAAGUAAAAAUAUAUUAAAGCCCAGAAAAUAUAUUAAUCAAACUGAACACGGCCAAUGUGUAAAGGGAUUUUUUAACCUCUGCAGGAGUCUUGGUUUCUGCAGAUGCCUUAAGACCUGUAUGGAGAAAAUCUGAAAUAAAGGCGAUUUUGAACAAAGUA